GCCACGUGUUUAUGUAACUUUCCUCUUCUAUCUCUCAUAUACUCUCUCAACUAUUUUUUUUAUUUUCCUUAUCUUUUAAACAAUAUUGGGCAACUUCCUUAUAUCAAACACCAUAAAAGAACAUCUCAAAAUUUUAACUCAACCGGAGAGAUAGUGAGAUCGAGGCAGACUCAAGUCAUGAAUGAUAACGGAACGCAGCGGCAAGCUUCUUUUUGCGAUGGUGCUACGGAUCAGGACAAGACCGUUAUAAGCAAGAUAAUGCAACGGUUCCGUCCGAUCGCACCAAAACCAGUUGUUGGUGAAUCUUCCGACGAUUCAAAGAGUAGCAGUUUCCUUGGAAGAAACAGAAGACCGAAACGGAAGUAUGUUAGGGUUCGGGAUAGAAAAAGUAGUGGUGGUAAUAAUAAUAACUCUAGGAUACUUGGUAAAAAGAAUGGUCGCGAUGGUGGGAACAAAAAGACCGAUCUACAUAAAGAGAGAGAUGGUGAUGAUAGAAGCGAUAUCGUCACGCUUCAGUUGCUGCCGGAGAAGGAUAGAGAUCUAGGAAACAAUGGAGAUCAAGCUAGUGAGUAUUGUUCGGAUCUGAUCAGUGAUAUGGAUCCAAAGAAGAACUUGUAUGGUUCUAUCAUAGGGCUGUCGUCAUCUUCAGAUCGGAAGAUGGUGGAGUCGUGGUUGACGGUGGAGUGUGUGAGUGACACGUGUACUGACUUGGGAGGGUAUCACAUCCUUGAGCAGUUAGGCCGUAUGGAUCAGGGAGAGGAGAGAGUGAUGAAGAUGUUGGAGGUUGACACGUAUCCGUGGUUAGUCUCGGAUGGGUCAAACCGGGUCUGUUGGGUAAACCAGGCGUACCGGGGGAUGAUGGGAGCUCGGGACGUGGAUGUGAUCAGGGUGUUGCUGGUGGUGGCCAUGGACCUUAUGGAGGAGAUAGCAUGCAUGGUGGAGUUAUACGGUGCGGUGACGUGCAGGGUUAGGGUUAAGUAUGAGCCGUCCACGUGGAGGAAGAUGACGGUACCGUGUGAUGUAUGGAGGAUAAGAUCAGGUGGGUUUGCUUGGAGAUUGGAUGUUGAAUCAGCUCUAAGGCUUGGCAUUUGACUGAAACAGGAAAGACGAAAGAAAUCGAAAUAGUAUUGACGUUGGUAAGCGACAUUACAUUUUGAAACCAACAUAUAUAUAGAUCUAUAUAUACAUAUGUAUCAACAUAAUUAAACGUGUGUAUACGUAGUAGUUAGAGCUAACUUAGAGUUGUGAUUAGUUUGCAUUAGAGUUGUCUUCGACUCCGGCUUUAGUACUCUUUGUCUGAUCAGUACAUAUCUCUUUUGGAAUGAGAAGAUAUAUAUGAUAUUA